AUGAACGCUUUCUUCGCACUCGACGAACUCGACUUCGACUCCGAGCCCCAGUUGAUGGGAUUCUCGUUCCCGACCGUAUUCGAGAACGACGCGACUGAAGAUUGUCUGAACGCAGGGUUCCCGACCCAGAGUCUGCUGUUCUCUGUCGAGCCCACAUUCGCGGGAGAGCCUUCGGAGCUCGAUACGACUGAGCUCGACUUCAGCAUGGAGUGCGAUAUCUCUAAUGAUGUAUUCGAGGCGGGACCUCUAGAUGGCGAACUAGAGAUAGUCAACUGUUUCCAUCGUGUAUAUCCGCAAGCUGAGGAUUACGACGACUUCGACGCGGACGACAGCGACGACGCGUCCAUGACCUCAUCUGGUCGCUCGACGCCCCUCUCUUCCUUCCCUUCCACCCCAAACAAUGUUGCAAUGAACAUCUCGGAGGCAGAUAUCGAUGAGUUGCAGCUCAAGUCAAGCUACCGCAAGGAAAUGGAUAUCAUCUCCCCCGAGGGAGGUUUGUUCGAUAAACACUUGCGUUUCCACCAAUUUGGCAACAACCUUGAAACGUCUCUGGUCGUACCAUUUGGUGCGUACUAA